AUGCCUCCCAAGCGUCAGAAAAAGACGGUCACAAGUUCUGGCCAAAAGCGGCAGCGCAAAUUUGAGGAACUUAGGCAUAGCUACCCGGCGUUCCAGGACGCACUCGGCACUGGGGCUGUCUCAAAGAACCCUAACGCUUGCUUCCUGGGUAUUCCUAGAGAGUUGAGAGAUCUAAUCUACCAUGAGAUCUGGAAAACAAAGAAGCCUUUCAAAGUCGGGCUACCGCAGAGGAACGAUUUUCGGAUUUUUGAGGUCCAGUACAGUGCAGACAUAGUUGAACCCCGAGAGGAUGCCUUGACACCCACGGUUCAACGGUCCCCAUGGAUUCUUGCAAGUAAACAGGUGCUUGAAGAGGCUAUUCAGCAAUUUCAGCGAGAAGCAUCGUGGACCUACAUGAACCGUCCUUCCUUUAAUACAGAUGUGCGUCAAAUCGGAGGAUGGAGCUCAUCCAUUACUCGCAGGCCUGCGAAUCGGCGAAGCCCUAUCCUACUGACGAUUGACACUGUGCCGAUCAUCAAGUUCCCACAAUCUCUCUUGAUGGGCGCUUAUGGUGAGAUGGAUAACAGAGAAACACCCAUAUAUCGGAUCCAAUUCUACAGUGAUACGAGACACCUUCUCCAGUCAUUGUUUGCCAGCGUAUCCAGGACAGCUAGUCUUAGGUCUUUAUCUCUAGUUGUCGAAGGGAAGUUUGGGCGUGUCGAGGAUGAUAGAAACGUUAAAGUGUACUCCGACCUUCCGUCCUGCGACUUGCCGAAUCUCCAGACCCUAGAGGUAUUGGUUUUAUUCCGCGAAGAAGUCUCCGAGGGCACGCACUUCAUGAGUAAACUUAAAGAGAGUAUCUCUGGAAUGGGACUCGCUAUGAUGGGUGGCAACGGAACCAUACAAUUCAAAAAGAUUCUGGUACCUAUCCCACAGACAGAAUCCCAGUUCCCUCCAAGGCCAUGGUUCGACUGGAAGUUCGAGUUCAAACGAGUCUGA